AUGAAAAUCCACACAUUUUCUCUUCUUUCGCUUUGUAUAAGCUUAAGCUCUGCGGUUGCUGUUCGAGACAACGCGAGCGCCGGUCUCUUGUCCACCGGCAAUGUUUCCCUCGGCGAAUGGCAACCGGCUUACAGAAAGGCUGUUGAGUUCGUAUCCAAAUUGAACACCACGGAGAAGAUCAAACUCAUCACGGGAAGUGAUGCCGAAGCCUCAGAUGGAUCUUCCUUCACUGCCCUCGAGUUCUUGGAUGGUGAUAUGGGUCUUCAAGACUAUUUCUAUGUCUCGGCUUUUAGCUUGGCAUCUGCAAUAAGUAUGACAUGGGACAAGGAUGCCAUUUACAACCAAGCGAAAGCUGUUGGCACUGAGUUCUAUGCAAAGGGUAUUCAAGUUAUUGACGGACCGACAUCUCAGCCUCUGGGUCGCACGCCUUGGGGUGGACGCUUGGUCGAAACUAUGGGAUCGGAUCCAUACUUGAAUGGUAUUGCAACAGGACUCACUACACAAGGAUAUAGAGCUGCCGGAAUCAUUGCUGGUAUCAAGGUACGGUAUAAUGUCCCUUCCCCCCUUGCCAUAAAAACUUCGGACCUGGCAUUCAAGUAUUUGAAAUAUACUGAUAUCACUCAGCAUUUUAUCCUGAACGAGCAAGAAACAAAUCGCACUUCUGGAAUGGGCCAAGCCAGCAGCUCUGGAGCUCCCUAUUCGUCCAACGUGGACUCUAAAGCCUUCCAUGAGACUUAUCUCUGGUCUUUCUACGAUGGUGUCCACUCUGGGCUUGGUGGUGUCAUGUGCGCAAUGACCAAAGUCAACGGAACUCUGUCUUGCGAGUCCUCUUCAAUUUUGCUAGAUAUUCUCAAAACCGAGCUCGGUUUCCCAGGCCUUGUAUUCCCAGACACCAAUGGCCAGGAACACGCUCUCGCCUCCGCAGUCAAUGGACUUGACUACGGUUCAUCGUCGCUUUGGUCCAGCUCCAACAUUAACGGCUUCCUUGAGAAUAAUACCAUGUCCGAGGCUCGUCUUACCGACAUGGCAAUUCGCAACUUAAUGGGAUACUACCACGUUGGACUCGACAACGGAAAGCAAUCUUCCACUGCAGAGACAGAUGCAUACGUUGAUGUUCGUGCCAAUCACUCCAAGCUUAUCCGUGCAUAUGGAUCCAAGUCGAUGGUCCUUCUUAAGAAUACAGACAACGCACUCCCGCUCAAGAGACCCCACAAGAUGGCCAUCUUUGGAUCUCAUGCACGGGCCCCAAUUGCCGGUCCAAACAUGGCCUUCAGUGUCGUGGGAUCUGGGCCAACGUUCGCUGGACAUCUUGCAUCGGGAUCCGGAUCUGGCCAAGGAUCUUUGCCAUACCUUAUCACGCCCGGAAUUGCUUUGACGAUCAAGGCUAGUCAAGAUGGAACCAUGCUUCGCUGGGUCGCAAACGACACAUACACAUCCUCGGGUGGCUCUACGCUGGUCAUGCAGGGCUCCUCUAGUACUUCCGUCACGCCCUCAAUUAGCAACUACGCAGAGAACAUGGAUGUCUGUCUCGUUUUCCUCAAUGCACUGGCCGGUGAAGGCGCGGAUCGCACAGAGCUCACCAAUUCUGAUCAAGACAAUCUGGUGAAGGAGGUGGCCGUGAACUGCGAAAACACGGUAGUUGUCAUCAACACCGUCGGAGCACGCCUGGUUGACAAGUGGAUCGAGCACGAGAAUGUCACUGCAGUGCUAUACGGUAGUCUCCUUGGUGAAGAAUCCGGUAACUCAAUUGUCGAUGUUCUGUAUGGCAAUGUCAACCCCAGCGGACGACUGACAUACACGAUCGCCAAGAACGAAUCCGACUAUAACGUGGGAAUUUGCUAUACUGCGAACUGCAACUUCACCGAAGGCAACUACAUCGACUACCGCUACUUCGACGCCUACAAUGUGACACCUCGCUACGAAUUUGGUUAUGGUCUCUCUUACACCAACUUCACCUACUCGUCCCUUGGUAUUGACUCCCCGAUGCCACUCUCGCAUUAUCCCACCGGUAAGCUUGCGGUCGGUGGCUACGAGGAUCUCUGGGACAUUGUCGCAAAUGUGACUGCGGUGAUUAAGAACACCGGCACCGUCAGCGGUGCAGAGGUUCCUCAGUUGUACAUCGAAUAUCCCAAAGCCGCCCAGCAACCUUUUCGACAGCUACGUGGGUUCGAGAAUGUGAAUGUUGCUGCAGGCAAGCAGAAGCAAGUGGAGUUUGGGUUACGUCGUCGAGAUAUCUCUCAUUGGGAUGUGAAAGCUCAAAAAUGGGCAGUUGCGUCUGGUACAUACACAGUCUAUGUCGGAGCCAGUUCACGGGAUUUGCGAUUGCAUGGAAGUUUUCGUGUUGAGACAAAGAUUUGA